AUGACGGCGACCCGACCGAGCAGCGUGCGGGCGUCCAUGGAGUUUGCAGGUCCGCUAAACGCGGUCUCUGUCUCGUCCAGCCAAAAGCUCAUUGCCGUCGGCGGCCGCGACGUGCUCAAAAUCAUCGCCCUCGAGAGCGGCGGCUUUGUUGAGAAGCGCAACCUGCGCUCGGCCAAGUCCAGCCUCAACUUUAGCACCAACGAUAUUCGGUGGCAUCCUCAAUCCGACUACCUCCUCGCAACGGCGUCGACGAACGGCUACAUUGUGAUCUGGGACAUCCAGCGCGACACGGCCAAGCUCCAGAAGCGCGACUUCAAGGCCCACGACCGCGCUGUCAACCGCAUUUGCUGGCAUCCGACGGACCCGAACCUGCUCCUCAGCGCGUCGCAAGACGGCUUGAUCAAGCUCUGGGACCAGCGCUACAAGGGCAAGCAGAUCAACGUGUUUCAGCAGCAAAAGUCCGAGAGCGUUCGCGACGUCAAGUUCAGUCCCUUUGGCGACACCAAGUUUGCGGCCGCGUUCGAGAAUGGCACGGUCGAAGUCUGGGAACUCGGCAACAACAAGAAGCCCGAGAUCACGUUCACGGCCCACCAGGGCCACAUUCUGUCGCUGGACUGGCACCCGACGCAGCCGUCAGUGAUUGCAACUGGGUCGCGCGACCGCAGUGUCAAGAUUUGGGACCUGAACGACGUCAACAAACCCAAGCAAACGAUCGCGCUGAUUGCCAACGCAGGUCGCAUCCAAUGGCGCCCCAACUGCCCCGAUCACAUUGCAACGAGUUCGUCGAUCACCGACAGCAGCAUCAACGUGUGGGACACGGCGCGGCCGUUCGUGCCCCUCGCGUGCAUGAAGGGCCACGCCGACAUCGUCUCGGACUUUCAGUGGUUUGACACGCCGUUGCAUGUCGCGCCGCUGGGCGAAGCGACCGACAAUGUCGGCUGUGGGUACUGGCAACACAUGCUCGCGUGCUCCAAGGACAAGACGCUCAAACUGCACGCGCUUUCCAACGCGAUCAAGCCGCACCAGAGCAUGCACACGGUCGCGCUGGCCAUGAACAUAUCGGGGCACGUCGUCUCGUCCCAUGACCCCAUUGACCGGUCGUGCGCGGCACUCAAGAUCCACCAGUACGACCAGAACGAGCUCUUCGCCGCGAUGGACCCGAGCCUCGCCAUGCAAACGCCAAGCGCGUGGCGCCAGCAGCAGCAGAUUGCAGCGUCGACGUCGGCAGGCAAGCCGCCGCUGAACACGUCACGCCUCGCGUUCAAGUCGACGCGCAAGCCGUCGACGUCGCGGUCGGUGCCCAACCUCGCAGCGCUCUUGACCGAGAGUCCGCCACCGGUCGAGGUACCGGCGCCACAAGGUAAAGUUUUUGCAUUUUUCUACAUCGGGUGUAUGGACUGCGGGUGUAUAGCGAUGGUCGCGGUCGUGAGCUUGCAAAGUGCCGUGAGCGUCGAGGACCUCCGAGCGCACUUGACCGAGGGCGCGGGCAUCCCGUCGGCACCGUCGUUGUACCCGCAGCUCUUUGGUUUCAACGAGCAAGUGUUUCAGUUCCUCGCCCAAGAGUACACGCUGUACGGGCCGAUGCUCUUUCAAGACAUGUGCGCCUACAACGCCUACGUGGCCGGUGCUGCGGGGUGUGGGCACAUGAAGAAGACGUGGCUUAUCUUGCAACUGCUCUACGAGAAGCGCACCAAGAGCCCGGCGCGCGCCCCUGCGUCCAACUUGCCGCCGUCGACACCGCUGCCGGGCGAAGAGCCACUGCAGCUCGCCAAGAACGAAGCGUCGUCGCUCUUGCAGCAGCUUGACCAGAUCAACCCGCAAGCCAUGCACGGUGUGGAUCUCUACCCGUACGAAGACGGUGCGCAAAAGGAGAGUACGGUGGAUGCAACGCCGACGAUCGGAAAUACCGUCGACGUCUCGCGGCUCCAGGAUACGCUGCUGAAAGAGGUGCUCGCGUACUACACCGAGGCCGGCGACGUCCAAGCGUGCACGAGUAUCGCGGCCGUCAUGAGCAAGGUCACCAACAUUGAUGCCAUCAUGAAGAAGGGCUGGCUCCAGCAAGUGUACAUGCACUACAUUGACUUGCUCCACCAGCUGCAGCUCUACACGGUCGCCAAUCACUUGGUGAAAAAUUGCCCCGACACGGGCAUUCGGCAAAUGAACAUGAAAGCCACGACGAUCUACACGUCGUGCUCGGGCUGCGGCAAGCCCAUCGACCCCGUCCUCGCCGCCAAGAAUUCGUCCGUCAAACCAGGGCCACAGGGCUUGUGUCAGCACUGCGAAAACCUCGCCACGUGCUCGAUCUGUCAACUGCCAGCGUCCGGGCUUUUUGUCUGGUGCCCUGUCUGCGCCCAUGGCGGCCAUCUCGCCCACAUGGAAGAGUGGUUUGCCACGCAGCAGGUGUGUCCCACGGGCUGCUCGCACGUGUGCGCGCCCUAUAUGAAGCUCGUGCCGCGUCCGGCGUAA